AUGUGGAUCACCGUCUUCAUUCCCCAUGGCCACCGGCUAUGUUCGCCGCCGUCGCCGCCCCCACCCCCUCCACAACUCAGCGGUCACUUUUUUUUUUUUCGUCGCACCUGUGCAACCAGGGACAAGUGCAGCCGACUAUCGGUUCUAACGGUGUUAACAAACACCCCCAAAACAAAUAAACAAACAAGCGAAAGGCAGCGGGACAUUUGGCUGACUUUAAUUUAUCUUUUCCCUCAAGUUGCUCUCGUCCUUCCGUCUCGUUUCUCUCUGUUUCCCAACGUACCGCUUCCCCUCCUUCCCAACUCCCACUUCAUUUCUUCUUCACUUCUAAAUGCUAUCAGGCACCUUCCGCAGGUUCUUCUUCAUUUCCAGUGUGAUAGCGAGAGUUCAAACCGAUCAUUGCUAAAGGAAGCGUUUCCGUCACGAAUCCCCCCCCACACACUUACAGAGGGUUAA